CAACAUCUCACAUUCAGCACCCAGCAGAACCAGGCCCUAAACAACCUACACAAGCAGCCUUGGACAUUAGAGUCUGUUUACUGAGGGAGGGAGCACGGACCAGGAUAAAAGGCUGGAAAGCAGGGAAGUCCUAGAGAUGGGCUGGUGUCUGAGAGCCCAGCACUAUCAGGGAUGGAGAACAGCUUAUUCUGCUCAUAAAGGCAACAGGAUGCAGAAGAUCCCAGGCUGGGAAGCACGUGUCUUCCUUUAACAGUGUGCAGGAGAGAGAGGAAAGCUGUCUGCUGUGAAGAGAAGGGGCAACAGCUAUGACCAAAAGUCAACAAGGGACUUCAUAUGCAGAGUAAUACCGUCAGGAAGCCACUAGGGAUUAAAGAAAAUCCAGAUGGGGUGCAGGUGCUGCAAAAUGAUACAAAGCUAUAUUUUUGAUCCAGAAGAAGUACAACCAUCUGGAUACAAUCACGAAGCGAACAGCUACAAACAAGACGAGCAAGACAGCAAUAAAUUCAAAUUCAAACAGAACAGUGAAAUUCAAGAGCACAACAAUGAGCUCCCAAAGGAUGAGUUAAAGAGAACAGAAAACAAAAAUCAGGUAAACAUCACAAAAGAAACUCUCUGGAACCACAGAGGAAACGCUUUUCAAGAGGAUGGCCUUGCGAAGCGUGUUGCAAAGCUUGAUGUUACAGUCAAUGGUGGCAACUCCUGCGCUGGAGCACACCCCAGUCUCAAUCCCAGCAUAAGCCCAAUGAAGGAAGCCAGCGAACAGGGAACCUCCAGCCUGUCGGCAGAGUCGUCUUCAGCCAGCACCAGAGACUUCCACACCAAACCAAAUGAGUCUGGUCAAAAAUUUGACCUAGAAGCAGACAGUCACAGUAAGUCAGCCUAUAAAAAGCCAGAUAAUAUUCAAGAUGGGAACUUCCACUCGGCAGAAGAAAAUCUCUCUCUCAUAGGAAGCGCCAUACUGCAGACACAAAAUAACACCAUACAAUUGCCAGAUGUAGAUUAUCCCCAAAACGGCAGCGAAACCAGGAACUACGUUGAGAAAGAUAGCUUUUCAGUCAGCUAUGUGCAUUUAGAUCAAAAUACCAGGCCUUCAGCAAAACAGGACCAGGACCUUUAUUUAACUCUGCCUUUGCAUAUGAAGGAAAGCAGUACUGAACCUUUUAAAACUUACUCUGCAAGUCUGGGCGAGGACAUUCCCGACGGUAUCACUGCCAAAGCCCUUACCAAAGCAGCACAGGCAUCCACACACGCUGACCACAAAGAUAUUAACGGAGAAAUUGAGGAGGAAGAUGCAGAAGUAGCAGCAGCUCUGGCUGCACUGGAAGCUGCAACUGCAGGGGAAGAUCUGGAAGAUGAUGAGGAGUACUAGAUGAAGGUUUCUUUCUAAUACACUGAUAGUCUUAUUCUGGAUCUAAGUUAAUGCAUGUGCUGUACACACGGACCACUGUUAUGAACAGCACAAAUAAAAGGAACUGGGACUCUGUCCCUUCAGCUGUUAAAAUAUGGCCCUUUAAUUUCUACUGCUGAAGGUACAGAAGAGCUCCCUUGGCUAACGGUAAUAAUAAGACUCUUCUGUGUGGGGCCAACCAGGAGGGCAAAGCAUCAUUCAUUUGCACAAGAUAUUCUGCUGUAUGCCCACCUACCUCACCUGGGCUCACGCAAAUAUUUCCUGAGGGUCUGAGCCUCAGGAGGGUCUGUGCACACUGUAGGUUCCAGGUUCAAAAAGCUUCCAUGGAGUUAGAAACCACAGAUUUUCAUUAUGUUAGCACAAAACUGACACAAAGUUCUACAGUCCAAUAAACAAGGCAGGCAGCUUGGCUUACAUUUCACUGUGGUUACAGUUCCAUCCCAGUUUAAGCCUGAAUCUGUGCAGGUGCAGCUGGGGGCAGGACAAUAACCUCAUCUCUCCCCUGGACCUUUUCUGAACCCCCAGUGACCUGCUUCAGUUGAUUAAAAAAGCAGAAGCUAGUUCAAAAAAAGUUCAAAAGCAUGAGCAAUUUUCUGCUGCUCUAAUGAGCUGAAGUAGCUCACAGAAAAAUCACACAUGCACUGUCAGAGGUGCUGAGAAGUAGGUUCAAACUCAGUCCUACUGGUUUAGGUAGACUAAGACUGUUGUGAAAAUGCAGCCUGAGAACUUCUCAGUUCUAAGUUUUCCAGGCACACUUCACUUGCCUUAACACUGCAGUUUGCAAACAGGUUGUGUCUCAAAAGGUCCUCAGUGAGAUACAUUCUGUUUAUACACAACCAGUGAGAGACAGUGUGGUCCCUCUCUGACUCCACUGCAGUCCCUAAACUUAAAGCAGGAAAGGAGCUUCCUAGUUGAGUUAAGCAAAAGACUUGAAAACAUUAAGCUUGUAUUUUGGAGUGUUUACCCCUUUCUCUGAUCUUCAGACUAGUACGUUAAACUUGUUCUUGUCAGAUUUCUUGUCAGAAGCAAAGGAGAUGGACACCAACUUGCUGCUGUCAUAUCAUCAGAAGUCGGAUCUUAAUAGCCAAAACAGAAGUGCUUGAAAUUUUAUUUUGAAAUGUUGUGGUUUCCGAGUCAAUUAUAAACUCUUAAUAAAACUAUUUUAAAAUAUGAAAGAUCACCUAGUGGCUUUUGUACUUCAUGCAUUUUCUGAUUAUUUAACAGUUGCAUAAAAGAAAUAUUAUAAAAUGUAUCCUUUGUUAAAUAUACGAAAAGCACC